AUGGCAGAAGGUAGCUCUGUCAAUCCACUUGACUUGGGGGAGGAUGAAGAUGAAAUUCCAUGCAAUAAUAAAGGCCCUCCAGUCAAUGCUCGUGGUAGAAAAUUAAAAUCAGUUGUUUGGCAGCAUAUGGCUCGUGAAAUAUUAAAAGAUGGGAGCAUACAAGCUAUUUGCAACCACUGUAAGAUGAUUUUUACAGCAAAUAAUAGCAGUGGUACGUCUCAUCUCAAAAGACAUGUUGAUAAAUGUCCAAAACGCAUAAACCAUGAUAUUAGGAACUUUUGUAUUUCAUCUAAUCCAUCUAGUGGGGGCACUAGCAACAUGUCUUUGAAAAAUCCUAAUAUUAAUUUUGAGGAAGUACGUAGGGCUAUUUGCAUUUAUGUUGUAUCUGGUGCUCAUUCUUUUGCUACAUGUGAAGAACCUGGGUUCAAAUAUAUGGUCUCUACUAUGUGCCCUCAAUUUAAUACUAUUAGUAGGCAUACUUUAAGGAGAGACACUUUGAGAUAUUAUGAUGAUGAAAAAAAAUUUGUUAUGGAUGAUUUGCAAAAUGCUCCUGGUCGUAUAGCUUUUACCACUGAUAAUUGGAGAAGUGAACAUACAGAUGAUGAAUAUAUGUGCAUUACUGCUCAUUGGGUUGAUGCUAAUUGGAAAUUACAAAAGAGAAUAAUCAAAUUUGGGGCUUUAACACCACCGUUUGAUGGAGUUUCUCUUGCGGAUGAGAUUGCAUUAUGCUUGGGUCAAUGGAAAAUUGAUCAUAAGAUAUUUAGUUUUACAGUAGACAAUGCAUCUUACAAUGAUUGUAUGAUUUCUUCUUUAAAGGCUCAUCUUCUAAGGAAAAACUGUUUGUUUUAUGGUGGGGAAUUCUUUCACUUGCGAUGUGCUUGUCAUAUUAUAAAUCUUGUAGUGCAAGCUGGAUUAAAGGGCAUAGAUGAUGUUGUUAUCAAGAUUAAAAGUGUAGUGAAACACUUUAAGCAUUCAAUCCCAAAGAAGAAAAAGUUUUAUAGUGUUGCUGAAACAAGUUUUGGUAUAAAAACAAACAAGAAGUUGCGUGGAGAUAAUUGUAUUAGAUGGAACUUUACAUUUUUAAUGCUUGACCGCUUCAUUUUCUUUAGAGAUGUUAUUGAUCAUGUGGUUAGUCGGGAUAAGGAUCUUAAAGUGUUUUCUCUCACAUUGGAAGAGUGGGUUAGAGUUUGUGAAUUGCAUGCAUUCUUGAAGAUCUUUUAUGAUGUUACAAAUACAUUUUCGGCUUCAAAACACCCCACUUCAAAUCUCUAUUUUGAUGGUGUAUGGAGGAUCCAUAAAAAGUUGAUAGAUGUUACAAACGGACCCUUAAGUAGCUUGUCUUCUAUGGUCAAACCUAUGAAGGAUAAAUUCGAUAAAUAUUGGUUUGAUUAUAGUCUUGUCCUCUCGUGUGCUGCUGUUUUGGAUCCCCGAUUUAAACUAGACAGAGUUGAAUAUUGCUAUGAAAAGUUGUUUGGAGAGGUAUAUGCUAAGAAAAUGGUUGAACGUGUUAGAUACACUUUGUUUGAUUUGUUUGAUGAGUACAAAGAUGUCCAUACUGCUAGUUCUCCUAAUCUGGCAACUAGUAGUGGUGCCCCUAGUAUUUCUACUGUUGUUGGAAGUAAUGCGGAACAAAUGGAUGAAAUACUUGAUUAUAAGGUAUUCUUGAGUAAGAGAAGGAAAGCAGAUAAUGUCAAGAGUGAAUUGGAGAUUUAUUUAGAGGAAAAGAAUCCGGAUGUGACAGAAAAAUGUGACGUGCUGUCAUAUUGGAACAAAAAUUCUGUCCGUUAUCCAAAUCUUGCAUGUUUGGCUCGUGACAUAUUGACUAUUCCCAUCUCUACGGUUCCUUCAGAAUCUUCUUUUAGUAUGGGAAAGAAGUUAAUAAAUCCUUGGAGAGCCUCACUUGGGCAAAAGACAAUAGAAGCUCUUGCAUGUUCUGAAGAUUGGUUACGUGCAAAAGGUCUUAACUUAGGUUCAUCAAAAUUCUUUGGCUAUGGGGAAUUGUCUGUUGACGACGAUGAAGAAGAAGAAGAAGAUGAUGAGUGUCUUAGUGUGACGAAAGUUCUUGAGAAACACAAUGCUGAUGCUUGA